AAGCGGUUGAUCAGGUGGGGUUGAAUUUCUCCGCGAAGUUUGUGGUGCGGUCCUGGUGGAUCCACGGAAGAAGUGCGGUACGAAUAACCGGAGAAGAAAGUAUCAUUGUGUCAGGCAGCAGCAACAAAAUGUCAAAAAUUUAGUCCGUCUUUUCUGGUUAUUAUCUCGUUGCUGCAGAAGGAAGAGCAAGGAAAGUAUUCGUCAUCGACGUUCUCGAUUAAUUUUUCUUCGGAUAAUGUGAUUGUCCGAAAAAGCAACAACGGCGGUCAAUAAAGGCGCUGAAAUAAUUUGCAUUGAUCGGUGGGUUGCGCACAGAAAAAAGAAAGCGUUUGCGGACCUGGGGAACUGCAUAAUUCAUCAUCCCGUCACGGUUUAGCUGCAGUGAGUUGCAAUUACAAUGGCUAAUCCAUUUGAUGAAUCGGAAUCCGAAGGGUGGUCAGUCGUAAGAACUGAUGAUGAUUCUGAAAUAUUGGAAGGGUUCCUGUGUCCAAUUUGUAAAUCCGAUCUCAAAACACCCGAACGUCUCACGGCUCACGUCGAACAGCAACAUUCCGAGGAGCAGGAUUUGCUUAAAUCUUUGAAAGAAAUGUUUAGCAUUGCCAAAAAGAAAAUUCUCAACCUGGACGAAACGGCAGCAGAUUUGGCUCGAAGUUUGGACAGCUCUCUGCAAGUGGGUAAGCAGGAACGUCAAAUGGCUGUCAAUCCGAUAUUACUUCCGGGACAACAGGUCGGAGAGCACUGCGAUCACCUGUGCUACUUCAAAGCUGUCCGGAAUCCACGGUUGGAACGCUACGCCAGUGAGACGAACAAACUGAUCAUUCGAUUAGAUAAACUGUUGGACGGUCUACCGAACGAUCCCGAUGCUCGAAAGAAACACGAGCAAAGUAAGGUGCCUUGGAUCGAUGGGAAGCUGGUCAAGCUGUGCCCGAGCUGUGCGAAGAGCUUUGGACUGACACGAAGGCAACACCACUGUCGAGUGUGUGGAUCGGUCAUGUGCGACGGAUGUUCAUUCCAUUUGUCGUUCGAGGAAUCACGAACCAUCGUUCAACCGGUCAGCCCCGGCACAGAGGAACCUCGCGGGGCACAAACUGUUGCACCUGAAGAUCAAACCAAAGAUCGCGAUUCUUCUGGAUUUCGAGUUUGCGAACACUGUCUACACCUGCUGAUGAAUCGGAAGGAGAUGCAAGAUUCACGUUCGGACCGUCCGCUGAUCACCAAACUUUACGACAGAUUACUCCAGGAGAAAAAGGACAUCGAGCCAGAAAUUCCAAUGUACUCGAAGAUCAUUGCUAGCCUGUAUGAAGGAGACGCAAUCUACCGUUUGUCGGAUGCUAGGGCAUUGAGGGAGAAAAUCGGACGGGCUGCCGAGCAGCUCGAUAAUAUUAGCAAAACCAUUCUGUGUAUUCCGUUUGCCACCGGGAGCCGCGAAGAAGCUUUGAAAAAAGCAAUUAGACUAUCCUGCGUUGCCUACAUAAAAAAUCGUAUGCUUUCCAUUCCGAAGCUUCCACUGGAGGAUGAGAUUAAAAAGAUUCAGCAACGCAAAAAACAGGAAACGGCUCGCCGAAUGGAGAGGGAGCGCCGUUUGGCGUUGGAAGCCUAUGAGAAAUAUGAACUUCAUUCCGAACAGUACAAUGGCAGCUCCAGUUCUAGCACCGCGUCGACGGCCGAGAUGACAAAUGGGAGGGCUACGUACGGCACUGCCGUUAGUUCCCAGGACAAUUGGAGCGGCUAUCAGGCAGCAAAUGUUGCCGUUUCGAGCACCGCCGAUCCGUUGAUUGAUCAAAUCAAUAUCGUGAAAGGGUACAUCCGACAAGCCCGUGAAGCAUUACGUUUCGAAGAGGUCGAAACAUUAGAACGGAAUCUGAGCGAAUUAACGCAGGAAUUCUAUGAAAGACAACGAAGAGCAUCUUCUGACAACAAGCCAAGCAUUACAGAAGCUAGACAGUAAGGAACGUCGAUAGCGUUGUUCAGCCGGAUGAAGAUGAAUUUUUGAAUAAAAAAUGUUUUUAUUCGUGGAAGCAUUCUAUUAGGUAUUUCCAGUGUAUUACACAUAUUAUAGCUAAUUUUAGUAUCAUUCGAAUGUACCUAGCUUAGAAUAAAACCAUCUUUGAAUGUUA